AAGCCCAUUCAUCUGUGCACUUGGGCGUUGGACUCCGCAUCUUAUUAGUGAGCGGGGAGAUUUCUCCAUUUUCCUGUUGGAUCCAGCGCGGCUACUAACCUCACGGAUAUUUCGUUGCCUUUUUUUUUUUUUUAUUGAUGUGUGUGCUGAGAAGUACUUUUUGUUUUUUUUCCUAAGGAUCCCCGAGUGGUCGUUGUGUUUUUGUGGGUGCCUCCAGCUCAUACUGGUGAAUAUCCUCCAUCUCCUCUCACUUUGUCUUCUCCCUCCUCCUCCUUCUUCUCCUGGUGCAAAGAGGAUCCUCCGGCUCUGCUCUCUAUUGUUGGCUACUACUACCACCACCAUCAUCUCUUUGUCUCCUUCUCUUCUCUCUGUCCGGGUGUUUUAUUCUUCUCUUGGUGGUGACCCCCGUUUUUUGCCUUUUGUUGGAUAUACAGACCAGCCAUGGGAGCCCAGUUCUCUAAGACCGGAGCCAAAGGGGAAGCCGCCACCGCAGACAAGCCCGGGGAAGCUGGAGCCGCCUCUCCCUCCAAGACAAACGGCCAGGAAAAUGGGCACGUAAAGGCAAAUGGUGAUGCAUCUCCUGCAGCAGCCGAGGCAGAAAAGGAGGAAGUCCAGGCUAACGGCAGCGCCCCUGCCGAGGAGACGGCAAAGGAGGAGGUAGUAGCAGUAGCAGAAGCCGCCGAGUCCGCCCCAGAGAAGGAAGCUGCUGCGUCCGCCGAGGGAGAAAGCACAGAACCAGCCUCUCCAGCUGAAGGCGAGGCCUCUGCCAAAACAGAAGAAGCUGGUUCCACUUCUACACCUUCCACCAGCAAUGAAACCCCCAAGAAGAAAAAGAAACGGUUCUCCUUUAAAAAAUCUUUCAAGCUCAGUGGCUUUUCUUUCAAAAAGAACAAAAAAGAAAACAAUGAAGCAGCAGAGGCUGAGGCAGCAGCUGCAUCCAGUGAGGAAGCAAAGGAGGAUGCUCCUGCAGCUACUCCAGAGGCAGCCAAUGAGGAGGCAAAACCAGGCCAGGAAGAGGCACCUGCCAGCAGCACAGAAGAAAAGAAAGAGGAGGCUGCUGUGGCAGCUGCCUCACCUGAGCCCCAGGAGACCAAAACUGAAGAGCCUGCACCAGAAAAGCCCACAGAAGAGGUAAAGCCAGCUGAGGAGCCAAAGUCUGAGGAAAAACCCACAGAAGAGGCCCCGGCUGCUGCUGCCGCUGCUGCUCCAGAGGCCCCAUCCACUGAACCAGAGGCACCAAAAGCUGAAGAACCAGCAGCUCCUACACAGGAAGCUACAUCUGAAUCCAGUCCAGCAGCCGAGUCAGCAGAGUAAAGAGAUGGCAAUUUUGAGAUAAUCAAAGGACUUUUUCUCUCCCCUUGUUUGUUUGUUGGAGUGGUGCCAGGUACUGGUUUUGGAGAACUUGUCUACAGCCAGGGAUUGAUUUAAAGAUAUUUUUUUUUUUUUUUUUUUUGGUCUUUUGUUUGUUUUCUCCUCCUUUACAGAUCCCAUCUCAAAUCAUUCUGUUACCACCAUUCCAACAGGCCGUGUUGAGUUUACAGCAGUCACCGGCCUCGAUCCUUUUUGCAUCAGUAUUAAUGUUUUUGCGUACUUUGCAUCUUUUAUGAAAAUGUAUACACUUUUUUUUUUUUUUUUUUUUUUUUUUUUUUCUUUUGUCAAUUUAUGGACAUGCCCAUAAUGAAGGAGAUGGGUGGGUCAUUAAAGGGGGUAUCAAAAAUGAAGUGAUAGGAGCCACAGUGGGUUUUUAGGUGGUGCACACGUUGCCAAGAGAAUGUGCCACAUGGAAUGGGGGUCAGGUUUCUGUUCUUUUUUUUUUUUUGUUUGUUUUUUUUGUUCUUUUUCUUUUAAAAAAGAAAGUAAUGAAUAUUUUGAGGGCAACCUUCUACAAGGUUUACAACACUAAAGGUCUUGACUAAGAUGGCAAGCAAAAUAAAAAAAAUAAAAUCAAUACCCAGAUCAUAGUUUUAGUAAUUCAUUUAAACCAUAGGAACUUUUCACUUAUCUCAUGUUAGCUGUAUCAGUCGGUGAUUAAAGUAGAAAAUACGAGUUGUAUAGGCUUUAUUGUUUAUUGCUGGUUUAUGACCUUAAUAAAAAUGUAAUUAUGUAUUACCAGCAGGGUGUUUUUAACUGUGACUAUUGUAUAAAAGGAAUCUUGAUAUCCAAAAGCACAUGAAGUUUGCAACUCCUUCCACCCUGCCCAUUUUUGUAAAACUGCAGUCAUAUUGGACCUUUUAAACACACAAUUUUAAACUCAACAAAAGCUGUGAUAAGUGGAAUGGUUACUGUUUAUACUGUGGUAUGUUUUUUUGAUUACAGCAGGCAAUGCUUUCUUUUCCAGUUGUCUUUAAAAAAAAAAAGAAAAAAAAAAAACUUAAGGAAAACUUCAGAUGCAAUGUUUUUUUGUGUAGCAUCUUUGUCUUUCAUGUUUUGUAAAUACUGGAGAAGCUUUGACCAAUUUGACUUAGAGAUGGAAUGUAACUUUGCUUACAAAAUUGCUAUUAAACUCUUGCUUAAGGUGUUCUAAUUUUCUGUGAGCACACUAAAAGCGAAAAAUAAAUGUGAAUAAAAUGUA